AUGGCCGAGCAGUCACCAGUUACGAGCCAGAGAAACCUUGAUUUAACCUCGGCGCCGGCCGUGGCGGGGGGCAGUUCGUUCGGGCGCGUCUCUCGUAACUGGACUAGACUAAGCUGUAGCGCAUCUCCAUCUCGGGGUGUCUUCGCCGACAGCUUCGCCGUUACUAUCGUCGCGCGACGAUACCCGCCCCGCCAUCACAACGCUUGUCCAAGAUGA